AUGGACCAUCUCAGCCCAUGCAACACAGCUCCCACUCGUACUCUCACUACCUCCGGCUCCAUCUCCCUAGUCGGCGGUUCUCUGGCGGACUUCUCGUUCAGCCCUUCUACCUCAGACCCCACUAAACCCAACUCGGUGCCUUUUCCUUCUAUGCCCUCGGAGAAGGAGUUGCCCACGCUCGAGUUUUCGUGCUCGGUGUUGAGCAUGUUGGAAGGCCUAGUGAAAGUGAAGAGCACAGAGAGGAGGAUUGGAUCUCUUAACGCAUGUGCCAAGCAAUGUCUCGCUUCCCAGGCAGCCGCACCACUUCAAUUCUCCAACUCCUCGUUGUCUUUCCUCGAGGAAUCCGUCAAGGAGAAGGCCGUCGAGCCCCAAGUCUUCUCCCUCAUGUCAUGCGUCGCCACUAUUCCUCUCCCCGUACUGGAAGAGGACCGUGCCUCAGAGGAAAGCACCUUAACCGCUUCGCCGGAGCUCGACGACGAAGCCUUCGCGAACUUCAGGGUGCCCUUCGUGGUCCCUACAUCCACCUCCGAGGACACUUUCGCCUCAGGCACCUUAACCGCCUCACCGGCGCUCGACGACGAAGCCUUCGCGACCUUCAGGAUGCCCCUCGACGAUGCUAUGCCAAUCGUCACCCUCGAGCCUCCCACCCCGGCCCUUACGGCCAGCCCCACGUCAACUGUCCUCACUGCGAGCCCCACGUCGACCAUAUUCGCCUUCCCAAGCGCUACCCAGUCUCUCCUCCUGCCGGGCUCCAGCUUGUCUCUCGGUGACCUCCCCCUCGGUGAUGUCUCCUUCAUCAGUGUCGCCAGCAUUGCUCUUCUGGUACCGGAAAGGAACUGGGCCCCCGAGGAAAGCACCUUAACCGCCUCACCGGCGCUCGACGACGAAGCUUUCGCGAGCUUCAGGAUGGACCUCGAGGACCCGACACCCGUCGUCACUCUGGAGCCUCCCACCCCGGUCCUCACCGCCAGCCCCACAUCAACCAUCUUCGCCUUCCCAAGCGCCACCCAGUCUCUCCUCCUCCCGGGCUCCAGCUUGUCCCUUGGUGACCUCUCGCUCCCCCUUGGUGAUGUGUCCUUCAUCAGCGUCGCCGCCAUCGCUCUCCCCGUACCGGAAGAGAAGAACCGUGCCUCCGAGGAAGGGAUGUUGACCACCUCACCGGCGCUCGACGACGAAGCCUUCGCGAACUUCAGGCUGCCCCUCGACGGUCCCAGCUCUACGCCCACGGUCGCCAUCACCGUCGACCCUCCCACCCCCGUCCUUACACUUACCGCCAGCCCCACCUCAACCAUCUUCGCCUUCCCAAGCGCGACCCAAUCUCUCCUCCUCCUCCCGCUCCCGGAGCCCAGCCCCUCAAACUCCCUCGCAGACCUCUCCUUCGCCGACGUCGACAUCUCCUUCAUCUCUUCGCUCGGUCUUAUCUCUCCCGAAGCACAGAAAGAGAUCGACGAAGCGGACGAGAGGUUGGAGAGUCUUCUCGCUGGGACCAAAGCCGAGAUUACGGGAUGCUUCCCACCCAUCAAGGCACUGGCGCACGAUUGGGACUUGGAGGAGGGCGAGUUUGCUCUGUUCGAGUAUAAUCUCGUCUCGAUGGCGUGUUCGCACCCGGAGUUUGGGUUCCUCUGCGAUAUCAUCGAGGAGCAUGAGGACAACGUCGACAUCGAGGGUGAAUAUGAGCAGAAGGUGUCAGAGUAUGAGCAGGAGAAGGAGGAGGAGGAGGAGAAGGGGAUCGUGGGAUUGGCGCACGAUUGGGACUCGGAGGGCGAGUUCGCUCUGUUCGAGUAUAACCUCAUCUCGAGGGAAUGUUCGCACCCGGAGCUUGAGAUGCUCUGGUAUAUCGCCGAGGAGGACGAGGGCGAGUAUGAGUAUGAGAGUGAGGACGAGGACGAGGAGUGGGUUAAGGAAAUGGCGUUUUUCGAGGAUGAGGACGAGGAUGAGUAUGAGUAUGAGGACGAGGAUGAGGAGUGGGUUAAGGAGAUGGCGUUUUUCGAGGAGGAUGAGGACGAGGACGACGAGUGGGUGAAGGAGAUGGAAGGCAACGUUUCGUUGUACGACCCCAUCCUCGAAGAAGUCGACUGGAUGAUGACGCCGACGAUGAUGCAGGACGACGACAUGAGGAGUUUGAGGAGAGGGAUGGAGGAAGGGAAGGAUGAAGGGAGAGACGGGCCGUGUAUGCAGAUGGGGGACGCCCUGCCUGUGUAUGCGGCUUCGCAUAUGCCUGAUGGGGACGCCCUGACGGUGUGCGCCGUGGUCUCUGAGGAGGAAUGGCUGUGGUCGGUGUUGGGACUGUGGAAGGAUGAGAUAUGUGGCUCAACAUUACCAACGCCCUCCUUCGCACCAGUCGCAAUCCCAACUUCCGCAUUCAUCGCCACCCUCGCCCCUGCUUCUACCUCCAACUUCCCAUCUCCCACGCCGUCAUCGCCUCCCACACAAAUCGCACAAAUAUGGCCUCCUCCAACGGACCGCAGCUAUCGCAACUCCGUACAUCAAAUCACGGGCAACACACCCUUGGUCGUCCUGUCGCUAUUUCUACAACACAAAAGCAUAUUCUACAAAAGCACAAGAACCGUCUCGAUACUCGCACGAAAAGGCGACACUCGCUAA